AAAAAUAGAAAAAUUACCAAGUACAAAGAACUUUACGAAAAUUACAAAAAACUUUAUUUAAAAGAGAAGAAACAAAAUGAAGAAUAUGUUUCUCUCUUGAAUGAUGUUCGUGACUAUUUCGGAAAAUCCUGGUAUACUUUUCUUAACGAUUGUGAAGAAGCAAAACAAUUCAACGAUUAUUCAAGGAAUCUUGUGAACGAUAUUUUAAAAGAAGAUCAAGUCGAUAACGAAAUAAAAGAAGUUAUCGACUUAACAAAUGAAGAAUACCGUCAAGCUGUUGAAAAAGAAGAAGGAGAUUUUAAUUACUAUUUUAAGCUCAAUAAGAAUAAUACGGUUUUACUUGACGAUUGUUGUUUUAUACAGCAUUUUGAACACAAUCAUACUAUCAAUAAUGAUUUAUUAUCAGCGUAA